CUGGGUUCUCUCUCUCUGUUUUUCUCUCUCUCUGUUUUUCUCUCUCUGUUUCAAGACUUGAAUCAUGGUGGGGAGCAUGUUGUUGAGAGCGACGACGACGACGACGAUGCGCAGUGCCGGCAUGGUGCGGGCGCUGGCGCAGCGUGCACAGUCGACGCAGGCGCACACCGUGCUCACGUUUGAUGGAGAUGGCAUUGGUCGUGAGAUUGUAUCGGCGGCAAAAGAGUGCAUCGAGGCCACCGGCGUUAAUAUUCGCUGGGAACAGAUGGACAUGGGGUAUGAGGCUAUGCAAAACACCGGCGUGUACAUUGAUGAUUCGCACAUGGACGCUUUCGAGGAGAUUGGUGUGCUCUUCAAGGGCCCACUGACUGUACCUCCCAAGGACACCAAUGCCUACGUUGAGGUGCGAGGCAAGCGCUAUACGAGCGGGAACCAGGUGUUUCGAAAGUACUUCCAACUCUUUGCCAACGUUCGCCCUGUCCGCUCCAUGCCGGGUGUGCGUGCGCCCUUUAACGAUGUUGAUCUUGUCGUUAUCCGCGAGAACACCGAAGAUGUGUACACCGGCGAGGAGACUUGGGUGGACGCUGACACCGUACACUGCGUCAAGCGUAUCUCCCGCGGUGCCUCUGAGCGCGUGGCUGACUUUUCCUUCAAGUAUGCCCGUGACAAUCAACGCAAGCGUGUCACGGCCCUACACAAGGCCAACGUCUGCAAGCAAUCGGAUGGCCUCUUUUUGAACACUUUCCACGAGCGAGCGGCUGCCACCGACUUGGGUGGUAUCAUCGCCGAUGACCAGCUGGCCGACUCGUGCUUGACGAAGCUCAUGAUUGAACCCAAGAGCUUUGACGUCCUGUGCUGCCCCAACCUUUACGGCGAUCUGGUAAAUCCACUUUCCUUGCGCAUCAACCGUGGCAUGGUGGGCUCUCUGGGCCUGUGUCCCUCGGGCAACAUUGGCACUCACCAGGCUCUUUUUGAGCCUGCACAUGGCUCUGCGCCAGACAUUGCGGGCAAGGGCAUUGCCAACCCCACCUCCCAGAUUCUGUCUGGAUGCAUGAUGCUGUCACAUCUGGGUGAAUUUGAGGCAAGCCAGCGACUGGAAAACGCACUUCGGGCCAUGUACGCGAGUGGCAUUGUACCGGUUGAUUUCGGUGGUCAGGCCGACACCAAGGAAGUGGUGGCCGCCGUGCUCAAGCAUUUGUAGAUUUGCCCGUGUUCUGGCAUGCAUUGCCGCCACAAUUAGACAGGCCAAAUUCCAUGACAAACUGU